GAUGCAGCCGCAAGAUCACUCGAUAUCUUCUUAUGAUUCAACCCUUCCCUAAUUCAACAAUCUGAUAGCUACAAUGCUCAGGAAUCAACUAGUAUCAGGACUACGAGCUAUCCCGAAUGCUCGAUCGGUGCCAUGGCUCGCUGCCAAUGACCAAUUCCGGUGUAAAAGCAGCUCUGCAGAUCGCCCAUCUUCAGAACGCAGAGUCAAGGAUGUCAAGAAGACGGUAUCGAAAAUCAAAGCCAACUCCCCAUUGGAACUGCGAUCCAUCCCGUUCGAUUAUGACCCAUAUCAGACGGCCAUGUUCAUGCGGUCCUACCUGAGCCGUCCAGUACCCAGGACUCCACAAGCGCAUGAGGUUGAGCAUCAACGAUUCGAAAAGCUGGAGGGUAUAAUCAAGGCUGCUCCGAAAUGGACCGUCAACGCUGUCGUCUGGAAUAUGCUUCUCAAACAAGCAGGAGCUUCGAAACGAUACAACAAGAUGUUUGACCUUUACAAUGACAUGAAGAAAAGGGAUAUUAAGCCGACUACCAGAACCUGGGCCACUCUUCUCACCUACUUUCCUAAAUCCCUGGAGCAGAACGCCGAGAAGGUGCUGUCUCGAUAUACGCUUAUCUAUGACGAGGCACAGACGAGGAUUCAAAACAAGUUGAAGGCGAACAGUGAUUCCGCAAAGGAGCCGGAAGAUGGUCUGCAGGUCCUUGCUGAUUCCGACACGCAGAGGGAGGUCACCGGAUCGCGUUCGGUCGGAGUAAUGAAUAACGAGCCUGACGCAUUCGAGGAUCCUCAAAUCGUCUCGACGCAAUACAUACAGAUCUUGACGCAUUUCGGAAAGUUUGACGAAGUUUUGAGGGUCUUGAAGAGCAUGCCGGCGUCGGGUCAGCAUGCACCAGAUGCUGCUACUUUCGCUGUCGUCUUGAAAGCCCUUCUCGACCGUGCCAAGCGCUUCAAGACGACUCGAACGAGCCAGUCAUUAGCAGCGGAGCUUGGACCGCGGAUCAUCAUGGACGAGAGCGGCCAGUCUUGUGCCAGAGUCAUUUGGGAACGACUUGUCCAGGGGCAUCGAGGUGCGAUGCAGACCAAGGGAACAUAUCGCACCCCGCUUGACAGCCAGAAUGCUGUUCAAGCCAUUCGUGCGUUGACUGAGGGGACAGAAGAAGAUAAGACCCUCGCCUUCGAGCUCCUACCUGAGCUGUACGGCUUGUCGCGUCCUGGCGAAUCUGCCGUCGCACGAGCGGACCAGAAAGACCAGACGAACCUACCGACAUUGCAGCUGGACGAUCGGGCCGCCGAAACCAUCCUGAAUCUCUGUCUCGGUACCAAGAAGAACCUCGAUGCCGCACAUUUCGCAAAGCAAUUCCUCGAUCGACCUGACGUCCUGGCCCGUUUCCGCCAACGACAGUGGCAGCUCAUGAUGGCUGCGUUUGCAAACGCCCACGAUUCCCAUACGUGUCAGCGACUGAUGGAAGCUUUCGGACCGAAGAAUAAACAACCCCGUUGGUCAUAUCAGACCUAUGCGUACCUGUUGAAAUCAGCGAGAUGGACCAAGGACAUGGACCGCUUCUUGGAUCUCAUGGAGGAAUACGUUGAUCUGCCCGAGGCGUACGUCACGAACAACGUCCGCGGUAGGGAGCCCGGUCAGUAUCGCAGCUUUUUGGAAGAGAGGGAGCUUCGGAAGGCCAGGCCAGCGCGAGAUAUCCCUCAACGAGUCUAUCCUACUCUGGAAGUCGCGACUCUUAUGCUGGAGACGGCUAUAGACGGUCAGCGACUUUCUGGCAUGCGACAGGCGCUGAGGGUGUCCGAGCUCCUAAAAGAGGGCGCGUUGAUGCAGGCACAGACGCGACAAUUGAUUGACGAGGAGGUCAUCACGCAUUCUAUUGAGCGUUCCAGCGGCAUGCGAUCGGCCGAAGAUGAGAUCAAGCCUCGUAACCCAGAAAAGGUGGAGAGGCGUAUAGAGUUCUGGCGGAGACGGCGGUAUGAGCGACUAGAACAGGUCCUUAACGCCGUCCUGAACACGGGGCGCAUGGCUGAGCCUGGAAGUACCCCUCAGGAGCAAAAAAAGUGGGAACAGAUGGCUCGUCUGGUGAGGGCCAAGUUGAGCCCGGAGGCGAGAGCUUCCUUGCGACCCGUGGCGGAAGACUUGGCCCCACCUCGCAACAACAGAGAGUGGAAGAGCAAUGUACAAUCGGCUCGUCGAUUUGCGCCGACAUCCCCUAGGAGGGAGCAGUCGGAAAGGGACGACUCGACUCACCGCCAAGAUCGGCCAUACCGUUUGAGCAAUCGCGCCACUGAUGAUCGUCGAUCGAACCAUAAUUCGGACCGGCGAUAGACCGAUGGGGUCGACGGAAAAGACAAAGCAUAGCACGACCCAGUACGAAUCAUGACGAACCUUGCUGUAUAUUCGCCUUUUGCAUAAUUUUUGCAUCAUACAACCGCGAUCGAGCGUAGCCGAUCUAUCUAUCUUGUACAUGCGAUGUACAUCUCCACACCCUUCACUAUGCAUUCCUCAAGCCGAAAAGUCCACCCUCUGCCUAUAGCGACGCCUUGAUGAAACCCUCCAGACCCCCGUUGACCCAAAGCUCUUGCACGCUCUUGCCAAUAGCUCCAGCCUUGUAGACCUUUUCGCUCGACUUGCCAUCGGGUCCUUGGGUGGUGACGGUGAUCUUGCCCGUCAAGCUGUCCA